CGUCGUGUCAGUGCACAGUCUGUGUGUGGUACAGCGCGCGACGGAGGAACCGGGUUUACCCACCAGUGAGCUCGUGGUGUAUUUCACAACGGCCGACAUUUUCACGAGAAAGAGCCGUUUAUUCAGCGCAGAACAACGCAUUUUGGACUUACCGGAAGACUCGCGUCCUACCGCUGGAUUCUAAUGGUCUUUUUGAGUUUGUAUGCCGUCAACAACUGGUCUCGAUCGAGGGGUUUCCAGCGUCCGACCGGACGGAGAGACGCUCUCCGCCUCGGGAUCACCUUUUAAAAAGGACUCUCAGGGGGGGCGAAGAAGUGAAGAAUACAAACCGCGACCGACAUUUCCCCUUCUCGUUCAGUGGUGACGCUUACAAGUGAAGGAUAAUACCGUUUUUGUUUCUGGAUACUACAUAUUUUUUUCACCUGUGAAGAGAGGAGAGGAGAGGGGAGGAAUCCGCCCAGACAAAGGUUCAAAGGAGAGGCCGAGGAGGGGACUCUCCAGCGUGCGCCUCGCCGCCGAGAACCGGGCUUUGUCCGCCGCCAUCCUGCGCGUACAGGGGAGGGGUGGCGGUGAUUUACCGCACCUUCACCGGCAUUAAGGGAAGGCAAGGAGACGGAAAACACCGAAUCCACUCGGGCCAAAGGACGCGACAUGUAUCCCCAAGGCCGGCAUCCGGCACCUCACCAGCCAGGGCAGCCCGGCUUCAAGUUCACUGUGGCAGAGUCCUGUGACCGGAUCAAAGACGAAUUUCAGUUCCUGCAGGCUCAGUACCACAGUCUUAAAGUGGAGUACGAUAAACUGGCCAAUGAAAAGACGGAGAUGCAGCGUCACUACGUCAUGUACUAUGAGAUGUCCUAUGGGCUCAACAUUGAGAUGCACAAACAGACUGAGAUUGCCAAACGUCUCAAUGCAAUUCUGGCUCAGAUCAUGCCGUUCUUAUCACAAGAGCAUCAACAGCAGGUGGCUCAGGCUGUUGAACGGGCCAAGCAGGUCACGAUGACUGAGCUGAAUGCGAUCAUCGGGGUACGUGGACUUCCCAAUCUGCCUCUCACUCAGCAGCAGCCGCCUCAUAGUGUCUACCCAGCCUUCAUGCAGCAGCAGCUUCAGGCCCAGCACCUCUCCCACGCCGCCCACGGCCCCCCCGUCCAGCUGCCCCCCCACCCCUCAGGCCUGCAGCCGCCCGGCAUGCCCCCCGUGACGGGCGCCGGCUCCGGCCUGCUGGCUCUGGGUGCCAUCGGCAGCCAGGCCCACCUGCCUGUGAAGGAUGAGAAGAACCACCACGACCUGGAGCACCGAGAGCGCGAGUCGAGCACGAAUAACUCGGUGUCGCCGUCAGACAGCCUGCGGGCGGCGAGUGAGAAGCACCGCGGAUCUUCAGAUUACAGCCUCGACUCCAAGAAACGCAAAGUGGACGACAAAGACAGCAUGAGCCGAUAUGACAGCGACGGAGACAAGAGUGACGACUUGGUGGUGGACGUCUCCAAUGAAGACCCGGCCACCCCUCGAGUCAGCCCCGCUCACUCGCCCCCGGAAAACGGCCUGGACAAAUCCCGCGUCCUGAAGAAGGACGCCGCCCCCAACAGCCCCGCCUCCGUCGCCUCCUCGGGCAGCACGCCGUCCUCCAAAGCAAAGGACCACGCCCACAACGACAAGUCGUCCACACCCAGCCUGAAGUCCAACACACCGACUCCGAGGAACGAGGCGCCGACGGCAGGGACCAGCACCACUCCGGGACUGCGGCCCCUCAGCAUGGGCAAACCGCCCGGCAUGGAGGCCUUGGCUGCCCCGGCCCUGCGUACACCUCUGUCCAUUGCGGGUUCCUACGCCUCCCCGUUUGCGAUGAUGGGUCACCAUGAGAUGAACGGGUCCCUGACCAGCCCGGGCGUCUACCCAGGUCUCAUCUCCCCACAGAUGAGUGCAGCUGCUGCAGCCGCCUAUGGACGCUCACCGAUUGCGGGGUUUGACCCUCAUUCUCACAUGAGAGCUCCGGGCCUGCCCGCCAGCCUCACGUCCAUCUCUGGGGGGAAACCAGCUUAUUCUUUUCACGUUAGUGCCGACGGUCAGAUGCAGCCCGUGCCCUUCCCUCCAGAUGCCCUGAUUGGCCCGGGCAUCCCGCGCCACGCUCGCCAGAUCAACACGCUGAGCCACGGGGAAGUGGUGUGCGCCGUCACCAUCAGCAACCCCACGCGUCACGUCUACACCGGCGGCAAGGGUUGUGUCAAGAUCUGGGACAUCAGCCAACCAGGAAGCAAGAGCCCAGUGUCUCAACUCGACUGCCUGAACCGGGACAACUACAUCCGCUCCUGCAAGCUCCUGCCCGACGGCCGCACCCUGAUAGUGGGCGGCGAGGCCAGCACGUUGACCAUCUGGGACCUGGCCUCCCAGACGCCGCGCAUCAAGGCCGAGCUCACCUCCUCGGCGCCGGCCUGCUACGCGCUGGCCAUCAGCCCCGACGCCAAGGUCUGCUUCUCCUGCUGCUCGGACGGAAACAUCGCCGUGUGGGAUCUGCACAACCAGACCCUCGUGAGGCAGUUCCAGGGCCACACAGACGGAGCCAGCUGCAUCGACAUCUCCCACGAUGGCACCAAGCUGUGGACCGGAGGGCUGGACAACACCGUCCGCUCCUGGGAUCUGAGGGAGGGCCGACAGCUCCAGCAACACGACUUCACCUCGCAGAUCUUCUCGCUGGGCUACUGCCCCACUGGAGAAUGGCUGGCGGUGGGCAUGGAGAGCAGCAACGUGGAGGUGCUUCACCACACCAAGCCCGACAAGUACCAGCUGCACCUGCACGAAAGCUGCGUCCUCUCGCUCAAGUUCGCCUACUGUGGUAAAUGGUUUGUGAGCACAGGGAAGGACAACCUGCUGAAUGCCUGGAGGACUCCUUACGGUGCCAGCAUAUUCCAGUCGAAGGAGUCGUCCUCCGUCCUGAGCUGCGACAUCUCGGCGGACGACAAAUACAUCGUGACAGGAUCCGGGGACAAGAAGGCCACCGUGUACGAGGUCAUCUACUAGAGCGGGAGGAGGCUCCUGGUGGCACCGAUGAGAGGCGUGGACCACGCCGCGCCGACAUGAAGCACACGGUGGGGAUCGAUGGAGCUGUCGACAGAACGAUGCCCGUGCUGGAAAGAAGGUUUUCUGUACUUUUUUUUUUUUUUUUUUUGGGAUACACAUUUUUGUGAUUUUUUUUUUUCCUCUGCCGCCCCUGAGAAUAUUUGGGUGCGACCCGAUGAAGCGGCGCUUCAUUUGAGAACCUCGCCUCCCCCAGACGUCCUGUGAAAAGUGUACAUAUCGGAUUAAAUAAAAAGACCCUUUAUAUAUAUUAUAAAAUAUAUAUAUAUAUAUAUUUUCAUGUCCUGGGUGUACUUGUGAUCAAUAUCCCACUCUGUCUUAUGCCUUGAUAUUUGAGUGGGAAAGCAGAACAUAGGUUAGAACUUUUAAACAAUUUUAUCCUUGAUUUUCUUAAAGCACAUCCUCCGAGCCGACCUUUUUUUUUUUCAGAAAUCAAGCCGAGGAGCAUGACACUUGUAAGUAGGACGUUCUGUGGAGUUUUUUUAAAAGGCCUUUUUGUCACAGUGCUCUUACCGGACAAUGGAUACGUGGAGUCCUCUGACUCCGGCAGAGACUCGGCUGGUUUGGACCACUGUGGGACGGAGCGGGACACUGAUUCAGGAAAAGAAAUGGAUGUAAAUUUAAUUCCUAUUAUAUAACGAGAGACCUUUUUUUUUUUUUUUUUAAAGUGUACUGCUCUGUCUGUGCCGUCUCCCUGUUUGUUUUACCUUGUUGGAUUGUGGGAGAUGGGGGGGGGGGACGUUUCGUGUUUGGCUUAACCCUUGGACCUCAGUUGGCAGCAGGCACAAACUGAAUGAAAAUGUGCUUUUUGCUAACUCGACUCAAUGUGGAUGUUGAAUUGCACCGUUGAUUCCUUGGCGACGGGGAGACUAAACUCAAACGGUUCAAGCUGCACUAUUGGAAUCCUUCUGCCCUUUUUGUAUCUUAUCGAUGUUCCUGGAAUGUUUGGUUGGCGGUCGCGAGGACGCAGGAAAUGGCACUUAAAAUGUAAACACAAGUCAUUGGAGCGUCUCCCCCCCCCCGUGACGACCGCGUGACAACAGCAAGUAACCGGGCUGUGCUCCGUGUUCCUGAGACCUGCGUUUCCCACAAAAGAAAAAAAAGAUGUAAAGGAGUGAAAGGAGCGGCCCCCUGAAUCACACCAAAGUAUGUAGCAAAUGCUGUUCGGCACUGAAAAGACGUGUACAGUUGUUAAUAAAUCAAUAAAACAGUUUUUGUAGAAGG